AUGGUAAUAGUAAUGAUUUUCUUUCCUCCUUUACAGAAUUGUACUAAUGAAUGUCAAGAUAUCGAAGACAAUUUAGAAAUUGAUUCAACAAAUGAAUUAUUUAUAUCACCACAACCAAAAGCAAACGAAGAAUGGUCUUUAUUACUGGCUACAACAUAUCCAAAGCGAAUCAAACAUUAUAAUUUAUCUAAUGAUCAUUGGAAACAAAUGUCAAAACUCAUACCAAAUUAUAAAAAGUUAUCAACUGAUCAAUUCAAAGACGCGCUAAUGAAGAUCAUUCCUGCUUCUUCUCAACAUCAUAUUAAAGAAUAUUACAUAAGUUUGGCAAUGUUACAAUUCAUUCAAGAACGUACUGAAAUAAUAUGUCAUAUUUUGCAAUUAAAAAUUGAACAAGAUUAUUGGAAUUAUAUAGACAGUUUAACAAGUAUGUCUGUCUUAAUUUGGUUAUUCAAUGUUGAUAAAAAAGUCACGAAACAAAAUUCUAUUAAUUGGAAUCAUACGAAAUCAAAAACAAAUAUUCAACAUCGACAAACAAUUAUUUAA